AGAACUUCCUCUAGAAGAGCAAGUUACUUUCGAAGAAAGGGCGGGAAGGAAACUUCCAGAAGAGAAAGACUUCCUCCACACUAGCCCGCGACCCAAUCUCUCGCCCAAACAACCGCCACCGCCACAUAUGUCACCCCAGCAGCCACAUAUGUCGCCGCCUUCAUUCGGCAAGAGUUCUUUUCUUCGUGGGGUGACCAGUCUAGAAGACUUUACUUUUGACGGAGGCUUUGCAUCUCUAG